CCUCUACCGUCGCAGUCUUGCUGCUCUCCGAUCCGAUCCGAUCCGAUCCGAGGGUUUUCCGCUUUCCCUUCCUCCUCCGCUAGGGUUUUACUCCGUCGCCGCUCCAGCCGCCCCACCAUGACGGCCACCGAGGCGCAGGAGGAGCUGCUCCGCGCGCAGCUCGAGGAGCAGAAGAUCGAGGGAGAUGAGCCUAUUGUUGAGGAUGACGAUGAUGAAGACGAUGAUGAGGAUGACGACGACGAUGAUGCAGAGGCACCAGGAGGUGAUGCUGGUGGAAGGUCUAAGCAGAGUAGGAGUGAGAAAAAGAGCAGGAAAGCCAUGCUGAAACUUGGCAUGAAGACCAUCACUGGCGUGAGCCGUGUAACUAUCAAAAAGAGCAAGAACAUGCUCUUCGUGAUAUCAAAACCAGAUGUCUUCAAGAGCCCCAAUUCAGACACCUAUGUGAUUUUUGGGGAGGCAAAGAUUGAGGAUCUGAGCUCGCAGCUGCAGACUCAAGCUGCUGAGCAGUUCAAGGCACCAGACCCGAGCAGCAGCAUCUCAAAGGCGGAGCCAUCUGCAGCAGCCCAGGAUGACGAGGAGGUUGAUGAGACUGGUGUUGAGCCAAAGGACAUUGAGCUUGUGAUGACGCAGGCCUCCGUGUCGAGAUCCAGGGCAGUGAAGGCGCUGAAGGCUGCAGAUGGUGACAUCGUCACUGCCAUCAUGGAGCUGACUAACUAGUGAAUUGUGACACUGUGAGAGGCAGAGUUUGUGUCCCAGUAGACUUGCUGGUUAAAUUUCCCGUCGUUUUCAUGUAGGAUACAUAUCGAAAGUUUGAUAUUGCAAAGCUGGAAGUCCACUUAUGUUUCCUUUUUCCAGCUUUGUGGCAUGCAAUGCUAUCAUGGCAUACAUUUCAAUAUUAGUAUCCUCUUUGAAUUGCUCAAA